UAUUUUCCUUCAUACUUUUAAAAUUUAUCUCACAUAUUUGUUGUCCAGUGGUGGUGGUGUUCCUUAUUUUCAGAGUAUUGCAACAGUUCUUGAAUGAUUUACGUUUCAAGCCUUUUUUAUCAUUAGUUUCAGUCAGCCUGUAUCUAUGUAGCAAAUUCACAUAAUAUUAUACAAUUACAACAUUGAGGUUAUAUCACCAGCAAUUAAUGUGCUUAUUGCCUUCAUACAUAAUUUACAUGCCCCACAUGUACGUAACUGACGCUAGGCAAUUAGAACAUGGGGAGAAUACAUAACUACUUCAGGUUACCCUAGAAUUUAUUUACAUUCGGUGGAUCUUUCGUGACAAAAUCCAAGAAUGUAGAACAUGUCAUACUGAUAUUGUGAUCAUUUUGUGUAAUAAAAUACCAAUACAACAAACUUGUGCCACCUAUUUAUAUAAAUAUUUGCAGUAUUUCAUAAUUUUUAAUGGAAGUAAAUUGUCUGCAGAUUAGGAGGAGUGAGAUAAAAGAUAUGUAUCACACCAGAUGUCGAGAAGGUUCAACGGUUAUGAAUAAGUUCCCUGAAGAUGUAGCUAUUGCUGAAAGGCUUACAGGAGGUGAUCCAAACAUUAUAAGGGAUAAUGCUUUUGCACCAGAAGAACGGCCAGAUUAUCGCAACAUAUUUGGGGUUGAGAAAAAGCCUGGCUCACCAGACAAAAAGAGCAAGCUUAUUGGUUCCCACGGUAAAAAUCAGGUUAAAUGGGAGGUAAGACGACUGUCACAAUCAGCUAAUGGGCGUCGAAGUCAACUUGCAUCACCUUCACUUCAAGUACUUCAACAUCCACGACAGAUUACACACCCAUGUUUUAUAAGUGAGGUGAGAGAUAAUUCUGAUCAUGUUGUACAUAUUAGGCAUCAGCCUAGUCGAUAUGACCAAGCUGCUACUCCCAGCUCUCAAUACAAGUGCCAUCAUUGUGACUUCACCUCCAGUAGACUGAAUGUUAUUGUUCUGCACAGUAAAUUUCACAGUGCAAAUGCAACCAGCAGUUGCCAAGGUGCUGGUAUUAAGGGAAAGUCAGCUAACAGGAGUAAAGGUGCAGGAAGAGCUUCUGGAAGCAAUCCAGAUUACAGGUCAAGAACUCGUAGUAGAACUGUGCCAACAUCUUUUGAUACUCCCAGAGCUGAGGUUGGUGCAGAAAGAAGUGCUCCUGAAAGGAAACUUGAUAUGGCUGGCAUAGAAACAACGAAUGAGGAAUUGGGUGCAAAUUCCAAGCAACAGUUACCAAAGAGUCGAGAAAAACAGUUGAAAACUCCAGAAAGGAAAUCAUCUAAGAUCCCUGUCUUUGGGAAAAGGAAAGGUUCUAAAUGGGGAGGUGAAAGGCCUGCAAAGAAGAAGAAAAAUGAUGAAGAGAUUCGAGAAAAAUUGCUUCCUGUAGCAGAGGCUUCUCCAGUUAUUGGUACCCUGAAACCUCAGUCAAAUACAACACAAGGAACCACAGUUUCAGGAACUGUUCUUGGCAAACCUGUAGCAACAACUACUGGACAGUUACAGGCUAAUAGUAGCACAUCUCAAUCCAUAACAAGACUUUCAUCUCCAAAACCAAAAAUGUUGACAAAUCCUGUGCAGAGAGUUUCUGUAUCAAAAAUAGUUGAGAAUGCACAGACUCAGAUAAGACCAACGGUUUCACCAGGCAUGGUACAAAGCCCAUUGCCUGCCUAUUGUUUGAGGUCAAAAGACCAGGGGUUUCUUUCCACAAAAUCUGUCCCUUGCCCAGAUUUGCACGUUGAUGAAAAGUCUGAUUCAGAAGAACAGUUACCUCCUGCAUUUUCAUCAGUCCGGGAUAGUAAAGACGUACCAUGUGGAUCGAUACCAGAUGCAGAUGUGUCAGAAAAUUCUAACAGUACAUCCAGUGAACAACCUGUAUAUCCACUGUCUGAGGAAGAGAUUGAAUCUGAUUCAGAAAGUGAUUCUUAUUCUGCAGUUGAUGAUAAUAUUACUCUAUGCUGUAGCACAGUGUUGUCAGAAGAUGAGCUCAGACAUGAGGAGCAGGAAGCCGGGAAACUGCUGAGGGUAAUACAGAGUGAUACUUGUUGGAACCACCUGUGCAGGAUAUACCAUGAAGAUGUUUACAGUCAAAGGCACUCAUGCUUCAUGUCUGGGAAUCAUAAAUUGAAGGCUAAUCUGAAGUAUUUCACAGGCAUUCACAUCUUCCCAACAGACAGCAUGGCACUUGAAUUUACCAGCACAUUACAAAAGUAUGUUGAUAGACUUGGAAUUGUGCGAGAUCAGUCAGACUACAUGUUCUAUGUCUGGGUGCCAGAGGCACUGAUCUUUGCUCUUCGGGAAACGCACCACGUGAGUAAAGACGAAGCUGAACAUUUGUUCCUGAAAGUCAAUGGACACUUUAAGGAAUUGUGUUGAGUACAGACACAAUGCCCUCUGCUGUCUGCAAAUGGCAUCAUAUGAUUUCUGGUCAUUACAAGACUACCUCUUCUGUGUGAUGACGGCAGUGGCCACGCAGUCUGAGGCAUGGGUCUUGGCCACAUGGAAAUUGGUAUCAGUGGUUUGAAUCCUACUGGAGGGAAGGGAGUUUUUCCUCUGAACUGCUGACCUACCACUCAUCCAAGGAGUCCCAUCAAAUUAUGGGAAACAAUUCUGAAACCUAACAUAAGAAUGUGGCAAAGGUUCCUCAAGAAACAAGUACUAUAGAAGUAAUAAAAAAUUGGUUUAGAAGUUUACUUUGUGUGGGAAAUAAAGACAUACAGAUCUACUGCUUCAGGUUCCCUUCUCCCCCAACUGCCUCCCAUGGUACAUAGCAUAACAUCUUAACUUUAAUACCUUUAUUCGGUCAAUACUGGUAAAUACAUACAACUGGAAAUCAUAAUGGAAUAAAGUACAGAGCAAUGGAUAAAACUGCACCAACAUAACUGCUAUAAAUUAUCAGAGUUCAAUUGGAGAGGGCAAAAGUAGGGCACUUCAUCCACAUACACCUAUCAAUCGGUAACAAACAAACUUCACCAAAUUAUCUUUAUCAGAUGAACAAGAAAUUGCAGUAAGAAUUCACAUUAAAUUAUAACCUAUAAUAAUCUUGCUUGAAGCAAUUAAUUGUACCACAUAUGAACUAAAACAAGGAAGGUAAAAAUAAUCUGGCCAAUGACACACGGACAGUUAAUUUAGGAGGACAUUUAAUCACAAAUUACUUACCUUAUGUACAUUUAUGCCAGCCACUCUCGUCUAAACCUUACCAGAUUAGAACAUACACAGCUCAAUGAUUGACGAUAGAAGAUGGAUUACCAAACCACAAUUGCGAAGUGCUCAUCCUUCCAUCUAUGAACAAUGUAGAAACAACAUAAUGAUGCAGAGAUACCGGUAGAUGGACAAGGUCUUUGAGAGAAUCAUCAAAAAUAAAACUAAGGAAAGCUGUUCGUAUAGUAUGCAUAAGAAGCAUUUCUCAGCUGUCUUUUAGUGACUAUUUUGUUAUAGUGUUAACAUGAUUAAAUAUUUUGGUGGGGAGCAAUAUUUUUUGGUUUUGAUUACUGCAUGAAACUUUACCAUAAAAUGUGAACUGUCGUGGAGCAAAUGUUAGAUGGACAUGGUCACACAAGUAAAAGAAUAGGACUUCUUUCAAAAAUGUCUUGCACUAUAUUAGUUACAUAAUUACACAUGUUCAAAAUAUUUAAAUUGUUAAUGCAUGUGUAAAAUGUAAGUCUAUAUUAGAAUGGAAGACCAAAUACAAAAUUUCUCAGACACCUGUAAUCUAUGUUCCUCCCUCACAGUGAGGGACAAUGGGCAAAAUUAUUGUUUUGUAUAUAUUAAUCUUUAGUUUCUUAGAAAUCAGACGGGAAGACAAAAUAUUUUGAACUGAAAAGUGUCAAGCAUUUCCGGAAUAUAGUUACCUCCUGAUUUCCUCAUGAGUAUCAUUUUGAUUUAUUAUUGUUGCUCCCAAAUAUUUGAACUUUGUCACGCUUGUAAUGGAAUGGAAUCAAAGAGCAGACUAAAACCACUUCUUACAUCUGUUUUAUUUACACUGACUGUGAAAAUGCUCCUGUACUGUCUAUAACAUAAUCUUGUAUCAUUUGUUACAUUUUGCCUCAUGUAUCUUUCUGGCAUCAAAAGAAAACAAUAAAAUAUGCAGGUCUGUUAUUUCUUCUACCUCAUUUAGGGAUUCCCUUGUUGUUCUGCUCUGUUCUUUUCUUUGAGCAACAGAAAUGCCUGAAGGAUUUCUAAAUUUAUUUCCACUGAUGGAACAAUCUGAAUGAAAAUAAUAUGUGAGAAGUAUAUAUAAAACAAAUAAAACAAUUUCAUACAUACACAUCAUAUAACAGAUAUUAAUAACCAUUAAAACUACUUUACAUCUCACCUCAGCACUGGAUUUUUGUCUACUAGAACUUCUAAGCUUGUAAGUUAAUUUCAAGUCACGAUGCUUUUUCAUGUUCUUUGAAGUCUGGUCAAUGAGAAACACUGAACAAUAACACUUUCAUAAUUUACUACACAUAACCAAUACAGAAUAGGGUUUACAGGGAAGGCAGUCUAGCUAAGUAUUAAUAUUGAAAUGGCAGCAUGAAUCACAGAACUUUCAGCACAAGGAGAACUGUAAUGAGAGCAGUUCUAUCAGGUACCCAAACCAAAAUCAGAUGAUGGAAGAAAUUAACCCAAUAUGUCCUAUAGCGAUCCUGAUUUGUAAGCACAGUGAAGUGUGUGACUUCGCCUCUUCCAAAGUCUAAGGUGAUCACUUAUUUCGUUACCCGGAAUUGCAAACAUUAGUAUAAACAUGGUUAAUUGUGUUAUGAUGGUAUAUUUAGCAUCGGACCUUCUGAGCUGACAAUCUUCUUUAAAAGGCUUGGCAUUAAAUUUUCUAUAUCAAUUUCUUUAAAGUAACAUCUACAGAGAUGAAAACUUACGCUUUUUGUGUAUACAAAAUUUAAUAUAAUUAAGUGUUUGCCUUCCUGCAGUAAAAUUAAUUUCUAAAAUAAUUUUUAUUAAUUCAGCAUCUUCCUUGACAGCAGCAUUUACAAGGACGGAUUGGCUUUAAAACAUAUCUACAUUUAGACUCACUUGUAGAAAAAAUACCUCUAUAAACUAAUAACAAAAAGACCAGACAAUAUAAAUUAAAAAAUUCACAACAUUUCAGUACUCUUCUCAUUUAGACUUUAUUUUAACAAAUUUCAUAUUUAUUAAUUAGGAAUUAGUGACUUCUACAUUACAGCCAUAAAAAACUGAUUAGAAUCAUAUCCAUAAUCCCAGUACUUUUUUAUAAUCUAGUUUUUAAUAUUUUGACAUUUGAACACACAUUUUGUUAAAUGUCAUUCAGUUAACGUUUAAAGUUAUUGUUCUUGUUGUCGUUAUUACUAUUAUUAUAAGCAAGCUGAUCACAGUCAGAUGUCAAUAGACCAACAUCUUCAUUGCUUUAUGAGCCAUUUUUGUCUCCCUCAAUUUCAUCCACCAUCUAAGAACUACACAAAUACUUUGUAUUCCCCAGGGGACAAAGGGAACCCAGGUGUUUGCGUUAGGUGGUCCCUCACUCACGUAGCCUUUAAUCUUACAUCCCCCUCCCCAGAGCAUGGCUUUCACCAUUAGUCUGUUCCCGUUUCAGCUUGCCUUGGGAAGAUCCGGAUUAUGACCUGAGAGGGCAGCCACUUAUGGAGGUUCGUCAUCCCAGGGGAAUACCUCGCUAGUGGCACCCUCAGGCAAUAAACAAUGUUGGUCCCAGCACAGAUCCUUGAGCAACCAGAAUUCCGCAUGUGGUAGCACCAGACUACGCAGUGCCACAACCCACACGACAGCCACCUUCAUGUCGCUAUAGUUACAAUAUAAUUUAGUACUGGAAAUAUAAUUCAGUCAAGCAUGAUGUAAGUGCAAGUUGUUAAUAAAUCUGAAUUAGUUAAUUUUCUUGGCUUUAAAGACUCUCUGAGUGUUUGACUGUUAGAAAUUCACAAGUUAGUUUCUAGCUAGCUGAGUUAUGGGGAGGGAGGGCAAGCAGUAACAUGGAAGGCAUUUUGCUGCCUCCUUGCCCUUUCCCCUCACAGUGUGACAGCUCAUGCUUGCAGAUAUUUUUCAUCCAGUACAGCUAUAUUUUCAAGAAUAUUUAAUUAAGCUAAUUUCAUUUGCAUUAGCUGGUCACUUUGCAGACUGAGUUAUUUUAAGUCUGAAAAUAUGUUAAUAAACAAUUUACUGAAUUUAGGAAUAACAUAUGGCAGCGAAUUUGAAAAUUUAAAUGUUUGAAGUACAAUAAGAAGAAAUAUUUGUAUUCCUCAAUUCGAUGUGUCCGUGUGUGUGCGCUCGUGCAAGUGAACACAUUCGUUCUUAUGGCAACAAAGGUUUAAUCCUGUAAUGAUUUAUUUUAAAUAAAAUUACAUUAUUAAAAUUUUAAAUGUUAUGUUUGUUACAACUGUCCUGAAAUAAAGUUCUGGCACUAAU